AUGUUACUAUACUCCAAGCUGCAGGAGGCCGUGUCCAGGUCCACCUCCAAACACCUCCUUCAGAACCUCCUUCCUGCCACCACCUACGACCUCCGUGUGCAGAGCUACAGCGGGGGAGGAGGCUGCGAGGGGGAGGAGGGGGUGAGGAGCACCACGCUGGGAGGAGUCCCUGCGCCUCCAACUUUCUUCACUAAAGUUCUGAAUCAGACGUCGAUCCAGGUUUACUGGGACCUGCCUAAACCGGGUCAAGUGGAGGGCUUCAGGCUGCGUGUGACCCGGGUGUCCCCAGGAGAGGGGCCCCCAGGAGGACAGGGGCCCCCAGGAGGACAGGGGCCCCCAGGAGGAGAGGCGCUGGAACUACCCGCACACAUUAACACACACACCCUGUGUCACCUCAUUCCAGGAGGAGUCUAUGAUGUGGAUCUUGUGGCGUUUAACGGAAACGGCGAAAGUUCCACAAACAAACGUUUGGUUUCUCUGUCUGAGCCGAGUGGCACAGGAUGUGACUGUUCCCGCGGCGACAGGUCCUCUCUUCUCAUUGGUUUACACAGUUCUGUGGCCUGUGUCCUCUGCUGCCUCCUGCUGGUGCUACUGCUGCAGCGCCGAAGGUCACGUGGACACAAAGCAGACUCUGGGACCAAAGGAGACCUGGAGCUGAGUCCGAUAAACUCUUCGCCUCCUGUCGUCGUGUCUGUGCAGAGUCCAGAACCACCCACCACCACUUGUCCCUGCCGCCUCGGGGACCCCGCCCCACUGCACUAA